AUGUAUCGGCCAAACUCGCUCUGGACUUGGUCCUUUUGCAUUGUUACCCUCGUCCAAACCAUCAUUACCCUUGCCCUCGAGUCUUAUGUCUUCGCAAACUUCCAGAUCCAACUGUUUCCCAAGGGUGAAGUCUCGACUGCAUCAAAGACAGUAACAACCUUCUUGGCACUCUACUGUUUCGGUUUUAUAUAUGAGUUGAUCCUCGUUUACGAUGCUCUACGCCUCAAGAAUACCAUUCAAGUCAUCGGUCUGUGCGUGUGCAACCUCGGUCUUCUGAUUUACGGAGCGGUGCAAGUCCAGCAGAUCAAGGACUCCAUCGAAAUGCUUGUGGCCGAAAGCGCCAUCACGGUAGACGUGUGGGGGGAAACGGAGCCUUUUCUGAUUAUCAUUCCGUGCGUCGUUGCCAUGGGCUCUGUCCUGAUGAUGAUUAUCGCUUGGAAGCUCUACGAUGAAUUUGCAUGGUCGAUCUACAAGCAUAUCAGCGCCGAUCUGCGAAUGAAGCGCCGGUAUCUUACAUAUCAGAUCUAUAUCGCUCUGCUGAAGUUCGAUUUCUUCUUCUUCCUUGGUUUCACGGUCCAGUUCCUUGUCAUUGUUACGAACAAGACGGAUGUUGAAUUCGGUCUCACAACGGCUGCCAUUCCCGUUACGAUUCUCAUUCUUGUUUGCGCUGCGAUCUUCGUCAAGCGAGAGAGCUCGAUCGGAAUGAUCAUCGUCAUUCUUCUAUACUUCGCGGCUAUGGCCUACUUCCUGUUCAAGCUGGUCCGCAUGUACCAGCCUCAAACAUAUCAAGAGUACCUGCCCGCCCGGCGGUCUCUGACAUUCUUCGCUGUGAUCACACUUCUUUUGAUCGUUUUGACGAUCAUCAAUGCCUGCAUUUGCAUGCACAACUUCCACAGGGGUCUGAAGCAGCACGUGCAUAAGAAGAAGUCCCGCGACAAGGAUGAGAAGACAACUGAGUUGUCUUCCAACAUCUCGGGCCAGGUGCCGAAUCGCAUGAUGAUUGACUGA